AUGAAGAGAGAGAAUCAUACAGUGGUGAGUGAAUUUGUUUUCCAGGGUUUUCCCAGCUUUUGUGAACACAAACUCACCCUCUUCGCGGUAUUUCUUAUCUUGUACCUUUUAACCCUGGCUGGCAAUGUCAUCAUUGUGACAAUUAUCAGCAUUGAUCGUCACCUUCACACCCCCAUGUACUUCUUUCUUAGUAUGCUUUCCAUGUCAGAAACCAUGUACACAUUGGUCAUUGUACCACGAAUGCUCUCCAGCCUCAUAGGUCUAAGCCAACCCAUCUCUUUGGCUGGCUGUGCCACCCAGAUGUUCUUUUUUAUCACCUUGGCCAUCAACAACUGCUUUCUACUCACAGCAAUGGGGUAUGACCGUUAUGUGGCCAUCUGUAACCCCUUGAGAUACACAGUCAUUAUGAACAAGAAGGUGUGUGCCCAGCUAGUAUGGGGGACCUGCAGCAUUGGGCUGCUUGUGGCCAUAAUUCAGAUUUCCUCUGUGUUCAAACUGCCCUUCUGUGAUAGAAAAGUGGCCCAUUAUUUCUGUGACAUCCGCCCAGUCAUGAAACUCUCCUGUGCUGACACCAAUCUACAUGACAUAAUUAAUAUUAUUGUCAGUUCACUCGUUAUCGUGGUGCCCAUGGGUUUGGUCUUCAUUUCCUACAUCCUUAUCAUCUCUACCAUCCUUAAAAUUGCCUCAGCUGAGGGCCGAAAGAAGGCUUUUGCAACUUGUGCCUCCCACCUCACUGUGGUCAUUGUCCACUAUGGUUGUGCCUCCAUUGCUUACCUCAAGCCCAACUCAGAGAACACUAGGGAUCAGGAUCAGCUGAUCUCAGUGACCUAUACCAUUUUUACUCCUCUCCUUAAUCCUGUGGUAUACACUCUGAGGAACAAGGAAGUCAAAGAUGCCCUUCACCGCGCUUUUGGUAAAAAACCUCUUGCCUAA